AUGGCUUGCAGUACUGGAAGUGGCGUGGCCGGCGUCGGCGGAUGUGACGUGAUCUGUGGCGUCCGCAGGUGCUGCGAUGGUGACCACAUGGUCAAUGGUGCCUGUAAACCUUUUUUAGUUGCAGCUUUAGACAUACAAUGCAGUUUGAGUUUUAGUGGAGCGUCCUGUAGAGAGAACAACACCACUCAAAAGAUAUUAAUUGGAGUUGGAGUGGCCCUAUCAAUACUGGUGGUUGUUGGUGUCUUAACAUGUUGCUGUUGUGGCUGCAGCGCAUGUUGCAAAUCAGGGCCAUCGCAUCCAGCUGUUGUAACCACUGUAGCUUGUUCACAACAAAUGGCAGCUUAUCCACAAGUCCAAGGAUAUCAGCCUUUGCCUCCUCAAUGCUAUCCUGGACAGUUAGCAGUUCCCACAGUUCCGUAUUCUAAUAAUUAUCCAAUGGCAUAUCCAAAUCUUGGACUACCACCAGCCCACCAAGAAGCAGCUUCAUUGAAUCAACCUCAAUGUCAUCCUGCCACUCCAGCCCCAAUCCCUGGGGUUAAUCCAAGCUUUAUGGAUCCGGUGAAGCCACAAAAUUGAAAACCUGACCAGCUCUGCCUUCAAAAUGCCGACGCCUACUUUCAUUCUUCUGCCUAUUUUUUUUCAAAAUUUGACAGAAAACCACUCCAGUACUUUGAACACACAAAUGCUCUACUACAUCUUGGCCUUGAAAGCUAAACAAGGAGAAAGUUACUUUAGAACAUUGAUUUGCAAUGUGGGAUUGUUCCUUUGUUCCCAUUGAAAAUGGGCAUUCAGUUUUUCAGUGCUAGCCCCAGGCUCAUGGACCAAAUGGUCUCUAUUAGUGCUAUACCUUCUACAUGCAUAUGAAUUAUGAGCUGAAGUAAGCCACAUGGCUCCUCAAACUUACUCUACUAUUCAAUAAGAUCUGAAUACACUAUAUUCCUGCCUAGUCCUGAUAACCUUUUGCAUCAUCCCUCCUCUUUGCUUAACUGUAUACUUCUGCCUUAAAAAGAUUCAUAUAAAAAUAUUCUGCUUCCACCUCCUUUUGAGGAAAGUAACAUGGCCAAGUGUGAGAAAAAGGUUUUCCUUAUCUCCGUUUUCUUUGGAUGACCCCUACUUUUUACACGGUGAAGUCUUAGUUCUAUUCUUCCACAAGAGGAAAUAUCCUUUUCACAUACACCUUCUCAAGACCCCUCAGGAUCUUAUAUGCUUCAAUCAAUGUCACCUCUUACAAUUUUUAAAUUCCAGCCAAUCUAAACCUAGUCUGUCCAAACUUUCCUGGAUUUCCAAUUUAAGCACAGCGGCCACCUGAUGGACCGGCCUGCUCAUUUGGGUAGAGGUCGGGUCCAAAACGAAGUGCACUCAUUUUGUAUUCAGUUACAAUGCUGUCUCUGAGCCAUUGAAUCACACAAUCAAGUCAAAGGGACCCUGUCAUCCUACUUUGUUGACAUAAGCCCUGCCACAAUGCACAAUUCUACAGUUCCUCAGAAAGAUCCUUCUAAAACAACAUAGAAAAUAGGAGCUGGAGUAGACCAUUCAGCCCUUUGAGCCUACACUACCGUUCAAUACAAUAAUGGCUGGUUGUCCAACUCAGUACCGGGUUCCUGUUUUGUCCCUUUAGCCCUAAGAAUUAUAUCGAAUUCCUUCUUCAAAAUAUCAAAUGUUUUGACCUCAAUGCCUUUCUGUGGCAGUGAAUUCCACAGGCUCACCACCCUCUGGGUGAAGAAAUUUCUCCUCCUUUCAGUCCUAAGUGGUCUACCCUGUAUUAUUAAACUGUGACCCCUGGUCUGGGCUUCCCGGUCACUGGGAACAUCCUUCCCGUGUUUACCUGUUAGAAUUUCAUAGGCUUUUCUGACUUUAUCCUUCUAAACUCCUGUAAAUAUAGUCCUAAGCAAUCCAAACUCUCUUCACCUGUCAGUCCUACCAACCCAGGAUGAGAUGACAUCUUUGCUGUCUGUAUGUUCGGAAGUAGGGACUCAGAACUAGCUGCCUACACCUUCGUAAAUGGUUCCUGCUUCAGCUUAACUCCACUCUAUGCUCCUCCUCCUCCUCCCUCGCCCCAGUGAUAUAAAUUAAGAGGUCCAUGAAGAAUGUUAUACCAAAUCCUAGAAGUUCUAUAAUGUGUGGGAGGGGUGAAAUUCCAAACAUAUGACUGAGUGCUCACUGUACAGAAGAUUAGUGUGAAGAAAGUAAAGGAUUUUCUAAUCAGAAAUCAAAAUCAGCAGCCCAUCUAAAAUAAGGAAAUAAAUAAUUAAAGGAUCAAUUGACCCCAAUAUUUCCCAGUCCACGUCAUAAAACAGUUGAUGAGACUAGACUAAUGCGAGUGGGCAAUCUGUUUUCUUUUAAGCGUUUCAUAUGGCAGGAAGGAAGGGUGUACAAUCUUUGUAGGGCAUCCUUCACCCAUAGGGGACAUGCCAUGACAAGUUAAGGAGUUGAUACAGUGGUAAUGUCACUGGACUAACAAACCAGAACCCCAGCCAAUGUUCUGGGGACAUGUGUUUGAAUGUCCACCUUAUCAGGUAGUGAAAUUUGAGUUCAAUUAAAAAGCUGACUCAAUGGUGACCAAUGGGAAAUCUGCUGUCUUUACCUGGUCAGGCCUACAUGUCACUCCAGAUCCACAACAAUGUGGUUAACUCUUAGGGUACAUUUUGGGGAAUUAAAGAUGGACAACAAGCCAGUGAUACACAUGAAAAAUAAACAAAAAUCUCUUCCCCCUUCCUAAACAAAUCCUCCCACCAAUGCCCACUAUUCCCCUCGGUUGGGCUUGCAUUGGGAGCUUCCUGCCUACAGUUUCAGCAGUGACCACUAUUGAGCUCUGAUGCUGACCAAUCAGAUUGGUUGGCAGCUUGAGAGCUUGGGACUUGCAGCCUCUGAGGGAUGGAGCUCUGACUCUCCAGCUCUUCAGCGUCAGCCUGCAAUGGCUUAUAGCUGCGGGGGGAGCUUCUGUUGGCUGACCACGGGUCUUUCCUGACACUGUGUAGAGGUGGAGAAGAGAUAAUCAGGCCACCACCCCAUCCCUAUCCUCCUGUGCUACAGCCCUGCGACAUCUACGCUCUCUCAAACUUUAUCAGUUUGUGGUUCCCCUGAGUAGAAUUAUUGUGUCAUACUUUCAGCUGUCCGUCUUAAAUUCUGGAAUUCCAUUCCAAAACUACUCAACCCUCACUCAUGCUCUGAAGUCUGCCUUUUCCACCAAUCUAUCCAAACGUCUUCUAGUGCAGUUCUGCGCCAAGUGUUGUCUCCUAAGCCUACUGCAAAGCACAUGGGGGAAUUUCACCACAUCAGAUAUGUUGUAUACAAUAUAUUGUUAUUGUUUAACUCUUCAAAAGCUUCAAUGCACCAAAUCUUCUCACUUGAUCUGAUGACCCUGGCAGUUGCGAAUUAUGUCCCAUUAGUGAACAAAUACUGAAAGCUUGCAGUUGUAUUGUCCAUUUCUCUGGUGUAUGAAAACCUCGCCCAUUGAACAUGAUGGACUAAUUAGGGAUCACUUGGAAACUCAUGGAUGAGAGGUACUUUAAUAGCCAAAAAUAGAUUAAAAUCAUUUCCAUCUGCUAUUCCUGCCAUUGCAUAGUGAGAAAAUUUCCCCAUUCAAAGUGUUUAAUAUAAUGAUACAUUUCCUGUGAGUUUACUGUUUCUGAAGGUUUUCACUUCAAUUAAAUGUUAUUGCAGUCAUUUCCUAGCUUAAAUUUUGGCAUCUCUAAAACUAUGGGUGCAAAUGUGAAAGUUCAGGUGCAGCUAGAAAAUUAUGCUGCUUUUAUUUAGGAUGGUGUGGUGAUGCCACACUUGUUUUGCUUUAGACUGUUUCAGACAAUGUAUUUACUCAAUAGUUACAAGUUUAAAGAGUGUUUUUGAUCAACUUUGAUGCGCAUUUAAAAUCUGUGCUUUUUAUAGCAAUUAAGUCGUUUUACUUUUCAUUAGGUUUGCUGUGUGUGAUCUUUUGUAAUACUUUAGGAGAUGCUUGGUUUUAAUGAAAAUAAAAUAAGUAAUCCAUA